CCCGGGCCGAUCUCGGCCGCCAGUCGGCGCCGCCCGCAGCGGGGAAACGCGGCCCGAGCGAGGCGCGGGCUGUGGGGCCGCCGCGUGCCCGGCCCCGCUCGCCCGUGCCCGCCGCCAGCCCGCCAUGCCCGGCUUCGACUACAAGUUCCUGGAGAAGCCCAAGCGGCGGCUGCUGUGCCCACUGUGCGGGAAGCCCAUGCGCGAGCCUGUGCAGGUGUCUACUUGUGGCCACCGCUUCUGCGACACCUGCCUGCAGGAGUUUCUCAGUGAAGGAGUCUUCAAAUGCCCUGAGGACCAGCUUCCUCUGGACUAUGCCAAGAUCUACCCGGACCCGGAACUGGAGGUCCAGGUGUUAGGCUUGGCUAUACGCUGCAUCCAUAGCGAGGAGGGCUGCCGCUGGAGCGGACCCCUUCGCCAUCUGCAGGGCCACUUGAACACGUGCAGCUUCAAUGUUGUCCCCUGCCCGAAUCGCUGCCCAGCUAAGCUGAGCCGGCGUGACCUGCCCGCCCACCUGCAGCACGACUGCCCGAAGCGCCGCCUCAAGUGUGAAUUUUGUGGCUGUGACUUCAGUGGGGAGGCCUACGAGAGUCACGAAGGUGUGUGCCCCCAAGAGAGUGUGUACUGUGAGAACAAGUGUGGAGCCCGCAUGAUGAGGCGACUGCUGGCCCAGCAUGCCACAUCUGAGUGCCCCAAGCGCACCCAGCCCUGUGCCUACUGUACCAAGGAGUUCGUUUAUGACACCAUCCAGAGCCACCAGUACCAGUGCCCACGCCUGCCUGUUCCCUGCCCCAACCAAUGUGGAGUGGGCACUGUGGCCCGGGAGGACCUGCCCACCCAUCUGAAGGAUAGCUGCAGCACUGCCUUUGUGCUCUGCCCUUUCAAAGAGUCUGGCUGCAAGCACAGGUGCCCUAAGCUGGCAAUGGGACGUCACGUGGAGGAGAGCGUAAAGCCCCACCUGGCUAUGAUGUGCGCCCUGGUGAGCCGGCAGCGGCAAGAGCUGCAGGAGCUGCGGAGAGAGCUGGAAGAGCUAUCCAUAGGCAGUGAUGGGGUGCUCAUCUGGAAGAUUGGCAGCUAUGGGCGUCGGCUACAAGAGGCCAAGGCCAAGCCUAACCUGGAGUGCUUCAGCCCAGCCUUCUAUACGCACAAGUACGGCUACAAGCUGCAGGUGUCUGCAUUCCUUAACGGCAACGGUAGUGGUGAGGGCACACAUCUCUCCAUCUACAUUCGUGUGUUGCCAGGCGCUUUUGACAAUCUCCUUGAGUGGCCCUUUGCCCGCCGGGUCACCUUCUCCCUGCUGGAUCAGAGUGACCCAGGUUUGGCUAAGCCGCAGCAUGUCACUGAGACCUUCCACCCUGAUCCAAACUGGAAGAACUUCCAGAAGCCUGGCACUUGGCGAGGCUCCCUGGAUGAGAGUUCUCUGGGCUUUGGCUACCCCAAAUUCAUUUCCCACCAGGACAUCCGAAAGCGAAAUUAUGUGCGGGAUGAUGCAGUUUUCAUCCGUGCCUCUGUCGAACUGCCCCGGAAGAUCCUCAGCUGAGUAGAGCCUUUUGGCUUAAAGUGGGAAGGGAGGUGGGACCGGAUCUCAGGCACUGGCUAAAACUGGAUUGGGGGCCGGACCUCCUUUCAGCUUCUUUUGCCUGGGCUGUUAGCCCACUCUCUCCCACCACCAUCCCUACCCCUCAGGUGCCUCCAGUUGGUGCUUCAGCCCUGGCCCCUGCGGGGAGCAAGUCUCGGGGUCAUCAAGGGCUGGAAACAUGAUCCCAGGGCCUGUCUCCCCUCCUGGGCAGGGCAGACAUGCCUUGAUGCCAGCCACAUUCUACCUGGACUGAGGUGCCUGCUCAGGUGCUAUGUCCCAAGAGCCAUAGUGGGGGUGGGAGGUAUUGGCAAGGGAGGGGUAGUUAGAAGACUCUGCCUUGAGAUUAACUUCUCUUUCCAUUUACCCAGUGCUGCCCUCUCUGGUUAUUUAUUUCUCUAGUGCUAGGAGGGCACAGCAGGGAUCUCUGAUUUUUAAUAAAUCCUGAAUUGUAUUUAUUAACUUGAUUCCAGCCUGUCAACUCCCAGUAGUUUAGGGCUCUGGGAGGCUGGGCCCAACAGGAGGAGAGGGGGUGAACUGCUCUGCUUGCAGCCAUUCCUCUCUGGUGGACGUUAUGGGAAUUGCAGGAAACUUUUUGAGUGGAAGCCUCACCUGCCCUCUGGUGGCUCAAUAGAUAGGUGCGGUAAGCACUUAAGCUGGCAUCUCCAGUCCGUACCUCACCAAAGACAAGUGCUCUGCUUACCUGGUCUGUCUGUAUCAGUAAUUACCAAGUACAUAUCUGUGUGUAGGCCAAAGAUCAACAUCAGGUGUCUUCCUCAGUUACACUCCACCUUUUUGAGAUAGAUCAAAAAUCCUGGAGUUCGCUGAUUCUACAAGACUAGAUCUUCCCUUGACUGACCCAGCAGCCUGGGUGCUACAGGUGUGCGUUGUGUAUCCAGUUUUUUACUUCAAGGCAAUCUUUACAGCCUGAGGCCUAGUGGGCAAGAGUCAAGCGAAGUAACGUUUCCCCCUUAGAGUAAAUGAGGCUGCAUGUGCCUGACAGAGUAAGGACUGAAUGUUAGUCUGUACUCCAGGAGUAAAAGGGGCCUUCAAGAUACACAAAACACUUCAGGUUUUCUCACCUGUAAUUUCAUUUGCUUUUUGUGCAAUGCUGAAUGGUUGUCUCUUGACUGCAUACAUUUUACCAGUCAACUAAGAACAGAAGCAAAUUGACUCCUUUAGUUAGUUUGGGGCAAGGCCUGGAUUUCUGUGGGGUUCCCCCCCCCCCCCCCCCCCCGUGCAUGCCAGACUCGACUACAUACAUGUUCAAACCCUAAAUUCUUCACUAGUAGGUGUAUAGCUCCCAUUAAUUUUGGCAAUAAAUUUGGGCUUCCUUUCA